CCGGAAGUGGCUGUUUGAACCGAAGCCCCGCCAAAAAGGAGGUCCGUCGCAAAACACACAGGAGCCCAGGCUGGGCAAACCCGAAUCCAGAUACUUUGGAGCUACUGAGUCGUGAUACCUGCCCCUUUUCACGGGAUUCUAGGACGUUUCUUGCAUUUUAGCUGAGGCUGAUCAGCCGGGAAGCAAGCAUGGAGGACGGGGACGACGUGGACGCCAAGAGGGCUUCGUUCUCCCAUGUGGGGAUGACAGAAGAACGACAAUCGGCAGAAGAGAUGGAUGAAAAGCGACAGCAGGCCAUGGCAUACGAGUACCUCUGUCAUCUACAGGAGGCCAAACAGUGGAUGGAGGCGUGUAUCCGUGAGGAGCUGCCCGCCACCACGGAGCUGGAGGAGGGGCUGAUGAACGGGGUCGUCCUCGGCAAACUGGCGCACUUCUUCGCCGCAGACAUCGUACCCAUCAAGAAACUGUACGACAUCGAUCAGAGCAGAUACCAGGCAAAAGGUCUCCACUUCAGGCACACAGACAACAUCAACCACUGGCUGAGAGCCAUGGAGAAGGUUGGCUUCCCCAAGAUUUUCUAUCCUGAGACCACAGACAUCUACGACAGGAAGAACAUGCCCAGAGUCAUCUACUGUAUCCAUGCACUCAGCCUUUUCCUGUUCAAGCUUGGCAUUGCACCACAGAUACAGGAUCUGUAUGGGAAGGUCAACUUUACCGAGGAGGAGAUCACAGCUAUGAGGAAGGCGCUGGAAAAGUACGGAAUCCAGAUGCCGGCUUUCAGCAAGAUUGGUGGAAUCCUGGCCAAUGAGUUAUCUGAGGAUGAUGCUGCAUUACAUGCAGCCAUCAUCGCCAUCAAUGAUGCCAUUGAGAAACGGGUUCCCGCGGACACGCUGACCGCGCUACAGAACCCCGCCGCUCGCAUGAAGCAGGUCCAGGACCACCUGGCCAACAGCUAUCAGGAACAACUCCACACCAUGAAGACAGCCAAGGAAGAGAAGGCAGCAGCACAGAGAAGUGCAAAUAUGAAUGUGGCAGAGAGAGAGGAGGUUAGUGAAGCAGACCAGGAUAUCUACGACCGUCUGCUGACACAGGCUGAGAUCCAGGGGAAUGUCAACCAGGUCAACUUGAGAGCGGGGGUAGACAAGGUGAACGCGGCGCUGGACGCUGGCGAUGAGAUGGCGCUGAUCGAGGCCCUGCAGGCUCCGGGGCUCGGACUCGCCGCCAUCAAGAAGGACAACGCCACCUGGUACCUGGACGAACUGUCGCGACUCAGACAGGAGAAAGGACAGGAGGCACAACCAGAACCUGAAACCUCGACAGAAAGCGUCCCAGAAACUCCAUGUAUCAGUUCAUGCAUUUCUCUCUUGUUGUUGGACAAAGAUGACAUCCACAGGUCUGUGGAACAGGCUAACAAUGCUGCAGACACCAGGACCAGACGUGAUGAAGCCAUCAAGGCCAUUAACAUGGCGAUAGACAGCGGGUCUUCCACAGAACUCAUGUCGGCGCUGAAACGUGCGGACGCACAGCUCCCACCCGUGGAGGACCACGGCGUUCAACUGUACCUUGCCGGACUCACCAACCUCAAGAACAAGAAGGACGGGGAUGAAGAGGAGGUGGAGGGGCUGGUGUAUGAGGAGCUGAAUGGAGCUGUGGAGGUUCUGUCUGCGAUCUCGGGGAUCAACAGAGCGGUGGAGGCCGGCGACACCAGGGUCAUACUGACCGCACUGACCAAUCCCAAGGCUCGUGUCACGGGCGUGGAGGAACACCUCGUGGAUCGCUAUACAGAAAAACUGAACAAAGCAAAAGGGGCAAAAACUAUGCCUGGCAGCAAGGCUGCUAUGGGGACAGACUAUCUGAACCCGGCUGAUGUGCAAGCUUGUGUGGACCAGGUGAACCAGGAGGUGCAGGAGGAACAUGACAGAAUUGAGGCCAUUGCAACCAUCAAUGAUGCCAUUGAGGCAGGGGACGCUGCGACCACGCUGGCAGCCCUGCAGAUCCCGGCAGCCAAACUUGCCGACGUGGAGCCUCGGCAGGCUGUACACUACCAGACUAUCCUCAUGCAGGGGAAGAAGGCAAAGGCUGAGGAGACAAACGAUGACUCAGCAGUCCUGUGGUUGGAGGAGAUCCAGGAGGGAGUCAACACUGCCAACAGACAAGCUGUGGAGGCAGAGAAAUUGGCUGUUGGCAUUGCCAGUAUAAACCUGGCCAUCGAUGACGCCGACCCAGCCAAGACCCUGGAGGCUCUGAAGAACCCUGACGUCUUCCUGCACCGCGUGUUGCCGGAGUGCGCCCAGCAGUACCAGGCCAGUCUGGAACAGGCCAAGGUCUCCAAACUGGAGCAGGGACAGGACAGCGGCAGCCCCUGGGUGGAGCACAAGACCAGGCAGGGUCACCGAUACUACUUCAACCUGGAGACCAUGGAGUCAUCCUGGCUCCCUCCUGAUGGCUUCAGCAGCAGCAGGACUCACCUGUCCAGGGAGGAGAUACAGGCCGCCCUGAAUGAUGUGACUAAUGCACACGACCGUCAGGAGGAGUUUGAAGCCCACGAGGAUGACAUCAUCAAGCUGCAGGCGCACACGCGGGGAAUGUUGGCUCGCCGGCGAUACAAGGAGAGGCUAGACUACUUCCACCAACAGCUGCCGGCUGUGGUCAAAAUACAGUCCCAUUACAGAGGAUAUCAGCAGAAGAAGAAAUACCAGGACAGGUUAAGUGUUCUGCAUGGAAAUCCUUGGGCUGUUGUCAAGAUCCAGGCGUAUGCAAAAAUGUGGCGAGCCAGAAGGCAAUACAGACGACGUCUCCAGUACUUCAAUGAGAAUGUUGACUCUGUGGUGAAACUGCAGGCCUUCUUCAGAUCCAACAUGGCCAGGCAUGACUACCACCUGCUCACACACUCUGACAACCCUCCUCUGUCGGUGGUGCGGAAGUUUGUCCACCUGUUGGACCCCAACGAUGUGGACUACAAUGAGGAACUUGAGGUGCAGAAGCUGCGAGGACAGGUUGUACAGGACAUCCGAGCCAACCAGGAGCUGGAGAACAACCUCAACCUCAUGGACAUCAAGAUUGGCCUGCUAGUCAAGAACAGGAUCACUCUACAGGAUGUUAUCACCCAUGGGAAGAAGCUGAAGAAGAGACAACAGUCCACAUCCGGUGGAACCUCCAUGCCUGAGAAGGGAGGGCUGAAGGCACUCCACAAGGACAGCCGCCACAAGCUGGAGAUGUACCAGAACCUGUUCUACCUGCUACAGACCAAUCCUGUGUACCUUGCCAAGUUGAUCUUUGAGAUGCCGACAGGGAGGACCACCAAGUUCAUGGAGUCUGUGAUCCUGAGUCUGUACAACUACGCCGCCAACGCUCGGGAGGAGUACCUCCUGCUCAAGCUCUUCAAGACGGCGCUUCAGGAGGAGAUAAACAAAACUAUUAACAAGGUCGACAAGAUGAUGGAGAUUGUGACAGGGAACCCCAUGGUCAUCAAGAUGGUGGUCACCUUCAACAGGGGCACGCGAGGUCAGAGUUCACUGCGGGAGAUUAUCCAGCCCCUGGUGCUGACCAUCAUCAAGGAUAAGGAGAUGAGGAUCAACUCCAACCCCAUCGAGGUCUACAAGAUCUGGGUCAACACCAUGGAAUCCAAGACUGGAGAGACAAGCAAGUUGCCGUAUGACGUGACAACAGAGCAGGCCUUGCAGCACCCUGAAGUCCGGGAGCGACUGGAAGCCUCCAUCUCACAACUUCGCAACGUCACCGACAAGUUCCUGAACACAAUCACCUCAUCUGCAGACAAGAUACCGUACGGGAUGAGGUUUAUGGCCAAGGUGCUGAAAGACUCGUUGCACGAGAAGUUUCCUGAUGCCACAGAGGCAGAAGUGUUGAAGAUCGUAGGCAACCUACUUUAUUACCGGUACAUGAACCCAGCGAUUGUGGCUCCAGACGGGUUUGACAUCAUCGACGUCAAUGCUGGAGUUGGCCUGUCACCGGACCAGCGGCGAAACCUCGGGUCCAUCGCAAAGUUGCUACAGUUCGCAGCCUCCAACAAGAUUUUUGACGGAGAGAAUGCCCAUCUGUCUUCUCUCAAUGAUUAUGUUGCACAAGCACACGAGAAAUUCAAGAAAUUCUUCUCUGCAGCCUGUGAUGUACCGGAGCUGGAGGAAAAGUUCAACAUAGAUGAGUACUCAGACUUCACCAUGCUGAACAAACCUGUGGUCUACAUGUCCAUCAAGGAGAUCUGUGACACUCACAAGCUGCUGAUUGACCACCAGGAUGCUCUCGCUCCUGAACGCCAAGACCCGCUACACGAACUCCUGGACGACCUCGGAGAAGCACCCAAACUGGAGGACCUCAUUGGUGAGAUCCCACUGGAUGAAAAGGACCCAAACCUGGAGGUGGAACGAGACAAGCUGGCCAAGACAGAAGUCUCUCUCACCCUCACCAACAAGUUUGAAGUGCCAGAAGGGGAUGAUACUGACAUGAAGGCACUCUACACAAGAACCAAGCGUCUGAUCGUGGACGUGAUCCGGGUACAGCCGGGGGAUAACCUGACGGACAUCCUGACCACGCCCACCACGCUGGACCAGGAGGACGAGCACCAGAGGCUGGUCAAGAAACGGGAGGCGCAGGACGAGAAGUCGCAGAAGAAGGGCGGUCUGAGCAGGUCACAGUCUGCACAUGGAGACAACAAACUGCCAGUGGAGGCCAUGAAGAGAAAAGUACUGCGUCACCUGCGAGCCCUGGAGGGAGUGGGGCUGGUGUCCAGCACAGACAACUACCAGGUCAUGAUCAACGACAUCGCCAAGGACAUCCGUAACCAGCGGCGAUACCGUAUCCGCCGCAGACAGGAGCUGCUGAAGCUGAAGGAGACCACCAAGGCUCUGGAGUCCAAGAGUCAGUUCUACGAGGAACAGAUCGAUUACUACAACCAGUACAUCAAGACAUGCCUGGACAACCUGGCCAAAAAGAAACGAAGGAGCAAGUUCCUACAGGGCGGGAAGGAGGAGAAACCCAAGAAGGCCAAACCUCCGCUGAAGUACACCGGAGCACGGCUGCACGAGAAGGGAGUCAUCCUGGAGAUCGACGGUCUCCCUCCCAACCAGUUCAAGAACGUUCUGUUUGAGAUCCAGGAAACGGAGGAUGCUGGCAAGUUUGAGGUGUCGGCCAAGUUCAUGGGCGUGGCCAUGGAGAAGGUGGACUUGAACCUGCAGGACCUUUUACAACUGCAGUACGAGGGUGUGUCCGUCAUGAACAUGUUCGACAAAGCCAAGGUCAACGUCAACCUCCUCAUCUUCCUGCUCAACAGGAAAUUCUACGGGAAGUAGUCGACUUUCAAGAGCUACCAAACUACGGAGGAACGCACCACGGGGAUGCUUCAUGUAAAAAAAUACCUCGGACACAAAGUGUAAAACUUUGAGGGCACUGGAACCAACUGUUGGUAACAUUUUAUGGGAUAAAUGCCACCAUUGUGGGCCUUUGCUUUUGUAAUGGAGGAUUUUAGUUUGGCCUUCCAUAUUUUUGUUAAGUGUCUUAGCUCAAAAAUAUUAACUUGCAUACGUCAGAUAGAAAGACUAGAGAAUACUGAGCAGUCUCAGAUAAGUUGUGCUUGUAGUAUGCUAUGUUGAUGGUUGAGUUUUGUUAAUUAUGAGAUAUUUUGUGGCUUCUAUAUUUUGUAUUUUCAGACUGCUAACUAAAUUGCAGUAGACUGUUCUUGUUUAUUAAGGGCAGUGUGAGUUAGAUACGGACUGUCCUGUUUUAAGGUUGACAGUGUGAUUAUGAGAAUACUAUAGAAGAUAGAAGUAGUCUUUGAAGUCAGAGUAGAAAUGAUCCUUAAGGCAUCUAAGCUGUACUCUUUUGGCAAGGUACUCAUUUGAACAGUUGACUGCAUGUAAGAAACAUGCCACAAACAUCACUCAAAUUGGUGCUUUCUGAUGUUACAAAGGGUUGUUUGACCUAUGGUACUUGGGGCCUACAAUGUACAAGUAGGUUCACCACUCCUAAGAAACACUUGACUUUUCGGUCGUAAGACUUUGUCUCUUCUUGUAAACAUUGUUCACCUGAAAUCAGACUAACAAGGCAAUCAAUAGACGUACAUAACUCGAGGUGUUCAAUGUUACAUUGGAACUGGCUAUAUUGUCUGCAUUCCUGUUCUAAGGGUAAACAGAAGCAAGAGUCCUCUGACAAGUUUGCAUGCACUUUUCCACACAGACAUGUACUAUCUGAAUGAGCCCUGACUUUCACAUUUAAAUGUUAUGUGGACAGAAAACUACAUUACUAAGUACUUAGUGAAAGAUUCAGGGUGACAACAUUUCAUUAAAGGGCUGAUGGGGGUGUCAGUUUUAUUAACCAAGUUUCACAAUUUGUUGACUUGGUCUCUGCCUACAUACAGGCAGAGAAAUGACCAGAGUUUCUACAUUUUUGAUUGUUUAUCUUUCAUGGUGGUACAUGUAUCUUGGAAAUGACUUGCAAAUUUGUUAGAGGAGCCUUGCCCUGAUUGAACUGGAGGUUUGUAAUGGAAUCAUUGCUGUACUACAGUUUGACAUGUUUCUGGGUAAUACAGACCUGUCAACAGAUUUGUACCCUCUCUACCAUAACUGUGUAUCUGUCAUCUUACUGUAUCUCCAUGUUUAUAUCAUGAUUGAACCUAACAAUCAGCACUAGACUAGACUAGAUCUUCAGAGAUUUUCACUAC